AUGAUUCGGAGUCUUUGCAGGGGAAGGAACGUAGGGUUUGCGACUCCACGGUUAUCUUUAGUCCGCCCUAAUCGCUUGGAGUUUUCUAGAAGUGCCAGCUAUCAACGGUUCAAUAACCGACAAUCUAAGAGCUUUGUCCAACUACUGGUGGACCCCGCUUCGAGAAAGUACCUUGCUUUCGUCUUUGGAGGCGGUUCAAUCUUUUAUCUCACUCAUUUAGAAGAAGCUCCAGUGAGCGGGCGGAACAGGUUCAUAUGGCUGCCUCGGUAUCUUGAGUUGAAGAUUGGAAGUUACUCUUAUAACUCGAUGCUCAGCCAGACCCGCGGAUCCAUGUUACCGUCGAACAGCAGUUUGACCGUUAAAGUAUCAACGAUUUUUGAAAAAAUAGUCGAAGCAGCACGCAAGGAUCCUAGCAUCGACAGAGAACUUUUGGACGGAGUCAACUGGCAAGUACACAUCGUGAACGAUCCAAAGGCUCCUCCCAAUGCAUUUGUAUUACCAGGAGGUAAAGUUUUUGUUUUCAGCAGUAUUCUUGGCAUUUGCAAGAAUGACGAUGGGUUGGCAACAGUCUUGUCACAUGAAUUUGCACACCAGUUAGCGAGACACACUGCAGAAAACUUGUCAAAGGCUCCGAUUUACUCUAUAUUGGGCGCGGUUUUGUAUACAGUGACUGGUGCAGACGUAUUUAACCGCCUAAUUUUAGACAGUUUCCUUAAGAUGCCGGCCUCGAGACAGAUGGAAACCGAAGCAGACCACAUUGGUCUCAUGAUCAUGUCGCGGGCGUGCUUUAAACCCCAGGAAGCGGUGGAGCUAUGGAAGAGGAUGGCCGAGUUCGAAAAACAGCUAAAAGGGCGCGGAAGCUUUAGUCCGGAAUUUCUAAGCACACACCCUGCCAGUGAUAGAAGAAUAGAAAACAUGCAGUUAUGGAUGCCUCAAGCCCAGGAACUCUACUCGCAGUCUGAUUGUGGUGCAAUGAGCAGUUAUUAUGAUAGUUUUCAGGGCAUGAUAAGUGGGCGCUUGACAACUGAAGGGCCAAAUUCUUUAUGGGGCUAA